AUGCCGGUGUGGGUCGACAAUGACGAUGACGACGAUGAAGAUGGUGGGUUUGGAGUCUGGGUUGACUUGGAUUAUGAAGGUUUUGGGUUUGGAAGUGGGUGUGGUCUCUUACUGUUGUCUCUCUUUCUCUCUGUAAACCUGGGUUCAGAAGGAGGAGAGUUGAAUGUGAAAGUGAGCAAGAGGGAGGUUGUGGCAGCAGUGCUGCCACUGCAAGAGCAUUGGCUACCACUAUCCAACCUAGACUUGCUUCUACCCCCAGUUGAUGUGGGUGUGUUUUUCUGUUACAAGAAGAACACCAGCUUACUGGGAAAGGACCUCUCUAAUAAUUUUGGCUCCAUGGUUGGGGUUCUUAAGAAGGCCUUGGCCCAAGCUCUCGUGACAUACUAUGCUUUUGCUGGUGAGGUGGUGUCAAACCCUGUUGGUGAACCUGAGAUUCUUUGCAAUAACCGUGGUGUGGACUUUGUCGAAGCUUUUGCUGAGGCAGAGCUUAAAGACCUCGACUUUUAUAAACCUGAUGACACCAUUGAAGGCAAACUUGUGCCCAAGAAGAAGCAUGGUGUGCUCGCUGUUCGUCACGUAACCGAGCUCAAGUGUGGUGGGUUGGUUGUGGCGUGCACGUUUGACCAUAGAAUUGCAGACGCCUACUCGGCCAACCUAUUUCUUGUGUCAUGGGCUGAGAUGGCUCAGUCUAAACCCAUCUCUACGGUGCCAUGUUUUCGUCGUUCUUUGCUCAAUCCUAGACGCCCUGGUUCAAUUCAUCCAUCCUUGAACGACAUGUAUAUUCCAGUGACCUCAUUGCCUCCACCCAAAGACCCACAACGUGGUGAUGAUUAUCUUAUUAGCCGCAUAUACUACAUUAAGGCUGACCAACUCAACCUGCUCCAAUCACUAGCUACCACAACCAAUGGUUGCAGGAGGACUAAACUAGAGUCCUUUAGUGCCUUCUUGUGGAAGAUGGUUGCUAAACAUGCUAUUCUUAACAAUGUGGACAAAAAGGUAACCAAAAUGGGCGUUGUUGUGGAUGGUAGGACAACGUUAAGUGAUGGAGAUAUAGACAAAGCUUCACUCAUGGGGUCUUACUUUGGAAAUGUGCUAUCCAUACCUUAUGGAGGCAAGGAAGUAAAUGAGAUUGAUGAAAAUCCAUUGAGUUAUGUGGCCAAAGAAGUUCAUGAUUUCUUGGAUGGUGCAGUGACCAAGGAACAUUUCUUGGGGCUCAUAGAUUGGGUGGAGUCUCAUCGUCCAGUGCCAGGGUUGGCUAAGAUAUAUUGUAGUGGGAGUGAAGAUGGACCAGCUUUUGUGGUAUCAUCAGGGCAAAGGUUCCCGGAGUCAAAGGUGGAUUUUGGAUGGGGUAAGCCAAUAUUUGGGUCAUACCAUUUUCCAUGGGGAGGUGAUUUAGGGUAUGUGAUGCCAAUGCCAAGUCCAAGUUGCAACGGUGACUGGGUUGUGUACGUGCACCUCUUGAAAGGUCAAGAAGAAGGUUCAUUUGAGAUGUAUUAGGGGUUGGAGAAAGAUUGACGUUAUAACGUGAUAGGGACGUUUUAUACGCUAAGAUAAUUUUCGCUCUAGCAGGAGCCAAAAAUAUUACCGC